CGUCCCGGGGAGCCCCGCGCCGUUGUGCCGCUGCUGGGGCCCCCGCCACGCCCCAUGGCAGCUAUGCCGUGCUCCGAGGCCGCUCUGCAGCCAUCCCCCAGCAAGAGGCAGAAAGGCUCGGCAGUCGGGGAGCCCUCCGCUCGGCUCCGCUUCACCAAGCUGUCUGAGAAUGCCUGCGCUCCGUCCAAGGGCUCUGCGCGAGCCGCGGGCUACGACUUGUACAGUGCCUAUGACUACAUCAUCCCACCCAUGGAAAAGGCUGUCGUGAAAACAGACAUUCAGAUUGCCCUUCCUGCUGGAUGCUAUGGCCGAGUAGCACCACGUUCUGGUUUAGCUGCAAAGCACUUCAUAGAUGUUGGUGCUGGUGUUAUUGAUGAGGAUUACAGGGGAAACGUUGGCGUGGUGCUCUUCAACUUUGGCAAGGAGACUUUUGAAGUUAAGAAAGGAGAUAGAAUUGCCCAGCUCAUCUGCGAACGCAUUUUCUAUCCUGAGCUAGAAGAAGUUCAAACUCUAGAUGAUACAGAACGUGGUGAAGGUGGCUUUGGUUCUACUGGAAAGAACUGAAAAUGAUUUGAAUGUGCUGUCUAUUGCUUUUUUAUUGUUCUACUUCUAAAUUUUCAUUUGAAUUGGAUAUAAUAUUUUGAAUUACUUGGUCUAUUAGUUGCUUUUUAAAAAUAUUUUGUCCUCAUUAAUAUUUGUGUUAACCUCCUGAAAGAAAGCUUUUGUGUGUAUCAAUAUUUUGUACCAAGAGUUUACUUUGUACAGAGAUAGCAAUAAUAUGUGUAUUGAUAUGACUUCCUCCUGUAAUCCCUAAAUUAGAAUAUGGUGAAGAUAUUCAAUAUUGCGUCUCCUAUGACUUGUCAAAAAUGGUUGUUUCAAAGGUAAUGUUCUAAUUUUGAUCCUUAUCUGGUUCUCAGAUAGCUAUUUUUUCAGCUCACUAGAUAAAGAGCAGGAAUAUGGGAUGUAAAGGAUAUAUUACAACUCAUCUGGAAAUUAAUAUAGUAAAUAAAUGCUGUGAAGCAUGCUGCUGUUCACUGUUCAUGAAUAAGGUACUGUAUGGAAGAACACACUGUUUUGAUGAUUCAGAAUCAAACCUUUUUUCUCCAGUUGGAGUAUUUAAUCCAUUUUGACCAGUUAACAAAACCUUUUGGAAUGGAUCCUAGUGGCAAGGUAGAACUUUGUAGACCCAGAUGUUCACAGAAUUCUCCUUGCUGGUCUUGGGUCACUGUUUUUUUUGUCCUUGUUUUGCAUCCUUUUCUACUACUAGCCAUUUCCAGAGUUUGGCACAUCAUGAUGUUGUCCCACUACCCUGAAGAGCUGAAAAACAAAGAUGACAGCAUUCUAAUUCCAUUAUCCACAGUCAUUACUUUGACUUGGCAGUGGUGAAACUGCAAGUACAUCUUUGACCAGGGUAAAAACCUUUCCCCUUAUGUGCAUUACCUGCUAAGCAGUGCUUCUUUUCCCUUAAAGCCUUAUCACAGCAUUGUUGUAUGUAUCUGUAUAUACAGCCUUACCAUGCCAAUGUUGUGAGUGAGAAGCACGUCACGUUAGUAAGGUUCUAAAUCUGUUGCAAAAAUGAUCUUGAUAUUAAGCAUCUUCCCUUUGUAAUCUGCCAGAAAGGAUCUUCAGUUACCAAAGACUAUUUAAAUAUCUUAAAAUAAGAAUAAAUCCUUUUCUGUAAACCCAUUUCUUCUUGCUGGAGUUUGAUAGUAAGUUUUGCUGCUCCUCUUCCCUCCUAGCAAAAACAAACAAACAAAACAAAAACAAGAUCUUGUUAACAUUAAAAAUUUGGCAUGUUUGAGAAUUUUUGUGUAGGCAGAAAGAAGAAAGGACUGGUAGAUGCAUUGAUGUUCAUUACUUCAUUUGAGAUCUAGCCUAUCUAAAUUAAAUAGUUGUGAAUUACUUUGUGCAUAAAGCUGGUUUCGUGUGUCAUUGACUGGAUGACAUUAGGCCAAGUCAUUCCACAAGAAGCUAGAAAUAUGCAUCAAGUCUUACAUUGAAUACAUCUACCUAUACAGGUUCUUUUCUCCAGAAUCUUCCCAAGGAGUAAUUCCCAAUGUCACUGUAUGCGUGGCACUGAAGAAAAUUGAAAGCUCUGAAGCAACUUGAAAGUAAAAAUGCUGUACAAAAUAUAUAUAUAUAAAAUAAA